AUGAAGGCUCCCAACCCAGAUUUGGUAGACCAUCUGCCGAGUGCUUACAGGAAUGGCGUGUAUAGAGAAGAGUCUGCUGAAGCUUCAUCAUCCUCUGACCAGCCUGGACCAUCGCGGUAUCGCGACGAGGAAUUGCCAGCUUAUGAAGAGACCCCGCUGCUUGCAGACAGUCCAGACAAGUCAAAGCCAAAACCACAACCAGAGGUUCGCAGGAGAUGGUAUCAGCCACCUCCCGACUUGCCAUUCUCCAGACACGAUCAUAACCCACGAAAUGUCGAUACAUACUUUCCCGAUUAUUCGACGGACGCUGAAACGCUCCGGCAGAUGAUCUAUGAGCAAGCCUCAUAUCCUCCUACAUACUAUAUUGAAAUCGGAGGCACCCACACCGAAACGACUUAUCGUAAUAGUGGUAAUCGCAACAGUCGGGAACAGCGGGAAAGCGACACCACCACAAGCACAAUUACAGACUUCUUGAUUCGGAUCAACAUAACCCAUCUUCUUAGCUCGGGACCAGAUGUUGGCGGGGAACUACAUCUUCUCGAGGACGGCAAAAAAGGCUAUCGUGGUGGCAUCAUAAAGCGGAAGACUCCUACUGUUGGAUCGCCUGAAAUCGAGACACAACAUGAAGAAUUGAAAGCUUGGUGUGAUAAAUUCAUUGCCGAUCCUUCAAUGCUGAAGUCAUUUACUUUACAACGGAAAGUCAUCAACCACGAUACCACCAAGCUAGCUACUUUGAUCCGCUCCGUGAUCGCCUCAACAAACUAUCGCGGGCUGGUUUCGGUAUCCUUUCCAGUAACACACCAGCGCGUCACUGUGUACAGUCCGAGCAGAAUCAACCAAUGGCGCAUGACGACCUGGAUCCGUUGGAUUUUCUAUCUCACAUUUCUCUGGAUUUUCAGUUGGCUAUUCCUCUUCCUAGCAACCGCCCGAUAUGAAGUCGUCAAAGUGGUAUUUCCAUACGCCGAUGUUCUCGACGGCGAAGCACGAACACCUACGGUGAUGAGCGAGACAGCCUGGUUCAAUCUCUGGGAACGAGCUAUCCGACGAAGUGUAUUAGGACGGAUGAAUUGUGGAAAGGGGGAGAUAGACGAUGAGUAUCGUCUUACGACUGAUAAUAUAGCUACGAGAGAUGAUCUGGCGUUUGAUAGUUAUCGCUCUGGGAAUUCGUAUCCUGGGGGUGUGGUAGGCCUGUUUGGGACUGGUGGACAAUUCCGUGGACAGUGGCAGGAGAGGGAGAGUUGGGGGUGUGAUGAGAUUUUAUGA